UAGCCAAGGGCUCUUCAAACAUGCUCUCUCUCCACAGCUCAUCGAGUCCUGUUUCUGCAUAGGCAAAAAAGUUUUUUUUUACUAUUUGGUAAUUGAACACGAUGAAUUUUACAACGAUAUUGUGUAAACGUUUGACUGUGAAGGAACUGGUCACCAAUGUCCCCGUCUAUGAAAGCAUUGCUGAUGGGUCUUCUGGUGGACUAAGCUUGAUGUUUAGACGCUGGGCUACCAAAAAACAAGCUGGGUCCACAAAGAAUGGACGGGACUCGAAACCUAAGAACCUAGGGGUCAAGAAAUUUGGUGGAGAGAGGGUUAUACCUGGAAAUAUCAUAGUUCGGCAACGAGGCACUCGUUUUCAUCCUGGAGACUAUGUUGGGAUGGGGAAAGAUCACACGCUUUUUGCCUUGAAGGAAGGAAAUGUGAAGUUUGAAACAAACAAGCUUACAGGCCGCAAAUGGGUGCAUGUGGAGCCUAAGUAUGGAUAUGAGCUCCAUCCUAUUUACACAAAAGCAAGUGGUGAUUCAGCACAGGUGACAACGGCCUCCUGAAGUGCUCUCUCUCCCUCUACAUGAUUCAUAUACGUUCUCUUGUUUUCCUUGGAUUUGUUUUUCUUGGAAACCUUUGUGGAUGAUUUAGGGGUUGGCUUGAAGUCCAAACAUGUGGAAUGCAAACCUGAUGGAUUUUUAUGAACUUUCAAAUAGAGCAGAUUUAGUUGUGAAAAUCUUUUGCUGGUGAUGCUGUCUCUUUGGUGAUAGAAUAAUGUUUAUAUUCCUGUUGACAAUGGAGACUUAGAAUUUGAACAAGUUGGGAUUAUGUUGUUGCAAUUAAAUGAGGUUUAUUUAAGUUGAAUAUGUCGAAACA